UUGAAUGAUGAAAUCGAAAUGCUUGAGAAAGUACAAGGAGAAUUCCACAUGGCGUUCAGUUUGUAAUGGCCCUGUCUAGGCUGGUGCGGGUGGUUCCAUCCUCUUGCUGUCGUUGCUGCUCGUCAUCACUCAACUCGCCUGCAAUGUCCACUGGCCACCAGCCGUCAUCUGGUUCCACGACGAAAUCUGGCGACUACGAGUUUCUUAGCAAUCACGCCCCUGGUUUCCCCGUGGAUGGUGAUACAGUGGAGGUGCUACGCGAGCCCAUUGACUUCUAUCGUACUGUACAGAAUGGUGUGCGCAGUGCCAAGAAGCGAGUGGUCCUGGCAUCGCUGUACCUAGGUACAGGAGAGCGUGAGCAGGCUUUGGUCGAUUCUCUGGCAGAGAACCUCACCUCCAACCCAAACCUCCGUGCACUGGUCCUGGUCGAUGGCUGCCGGGGCAGUCGUGGCUCUGCUAACACGCGCACCAUGCUAGCACCAUUGCUGAAUACGGUGAAUGCAAGGCCGCCGGUACAAACUGAGAGCACCUUAGCUGAGCCCAGCUGCGCAGAGCGGGCAUGCAGCGCUGCCAGCAGGCUGCACGUGGCGCUGUACCAGACGCCGGAGUUGCCGAACUGGAUCCGCUGGCUCGUGCCGCACAAGUACAACGAGGUGCCCAGCCUGCAGCACAUGAAGAUCUACAUCUUCGACAAUGACGUAAUGCUUAGCGGUGCCAAUCUGAGCGCAGACUACUUUCACCAGCGUCAGGACAGGUUUGUGCUGAUCCGAGACGCACCGCGCCUUGCCGACUACCUCACGUCUGUUGUUGCCACGGUCGCAACUCACUCGUACAGCUUGCGUGGCGACAACGUACUGGAAUUUUCCGGCCAGACUCGCCAACAACUGAUGGCCAUGCUUGGUGAGGUGUGCGCUGGGUCGAAGCCGUCGCCAACUGAUAGCGACGCACUACCUGACCCUCUUGUCGCCGGAAAUCGCCGAAAGUUCUAUGCAUCACUCCGUGCCGCGUUGAAAGCACUGCGGACAUCAGCGCAAGGCGACACUAGCUUUUUCGGAGUAUCGCAACCAGAACACUCAACAGCGUCAUCCAAUAGUGAUGCUCUCGGCAAUACCAGGACGGGCGCCGGCCAAGCCACUCGUCUCGACAACCCGGCCGUGCAGCAACCAGACGAUGACACUAUACUAUACCCGCUGCUGCAGCUCGGACCGGCCGGUAUCCAAGACGACGAGACGGCAACCCGCCGCCUCCUGGAGCUGUCCCGUUCCCGUGGUUACGGUCUCCGCUUGGCGUCGGGGUACUUCAACCUGACACCAGAGUACUCCAAGUCCUUACUAGAGCGUGGCCAAGACCAGACUGACUUUACGGAAAUCUUACUGGCAUCUCCACAGGCUAACGGGUUUCUCGGAGCGCGCGGUCCGCGUGGUUCUAUCCCAGCCGGCUACGUGCACCGUUGCAAGUUGUUCUACCAGGCUGUAUGCCAAAGCGGUUGUAAGGAUACCGUACACAUGGCCGAGUACUUCCGCAAUGGCUGGACGUUCCAUGGGAAAGGCUUGUGGUUGUAUCCCGUCAACUCGGACACUCCCGAUAUGACAAUGGUCGGCUCUCCAAACUUCGGUUACAGGUCUACAUGUCGUGAUGUGGAACUCCAGGUUGCCAUGGUCACAAAGAAUGCUUCUCUUCGGCGAAAACUCAAGCAGGAAGCGGAUUAUCUCUUCUCGUUUGGCCAGAGCGUUGACGAGAGCACGUUCCAGCGUCCCGACCACCGGGUGCCCUGGCUGGUGGCCGUCAUUGCCAAUGUCGUCAAGAAGUUUGUGUAGCUGCUGCGAUGACACGCUGCCUUGGACGUUAGUGUCUUCUUCACGGCUGCUGUUUGAACACUGAUGUCUGGUGGCGGAGUAGCAGGGCUGGCAUGACAGUACGUACUAGAGCGCUGGACUGCAUCGCGCCCGUGCUCCGUCGACUCGUUCCUGAGAGGGAGAGCGUGACAGCCCUGUAGAUAUUCAAUCCAGUGCAAGGGAGACCUACCACUUGCUGACAGUGGAGGGCGAUGCGGCUAUUGGCGACGCUGGCGCACGCUCUGUUGAUAUGCGUGUCUACGAGUUCAGCCCAAGCCACACGGUGGAAAAAGUCAAUACAGAACGCACUUGAGAGCUGGACUGCAUCGCGUGUGGUCCGUCGACUCGUUCCGGAGAGAGAGAGAGAGAGAGAGAGAGAGAGAGAGAGAGAGAGAGAGAGAGAGAGAGAGAGAGAGAGAGAGAGAGAGAGAGAGAGGGGAGAGAGAGAGAGAGAGCUGUCGUGUGACACCAUUCUACGCACAGUGCUGCUUGAUAUCCUGAUGUGAAUCAAGUGAAUGGCCUUCACCCAGUGUUCGCAGAUCUAUGGCUGCACAGUGCCCGGCGUGGCACUGACUCGCUUGGCGGGAGCUCAUUGAGCAGGACUGUAGAUGAUACACUGGGAGCUCAUUGAUCAGUACUGUACUGUACUGUGCUGUACUGUACUGUACUGUACUGUACUGUGCUGUGCUGUACUGUACUGUACUGUACUGUACUGUACUGCCAUGUGAUGAUACACUGUGCUCAAUGGGAUUGUCAAUACAGUCAGACCUCGCUUAUCCGGAUCCCUCGCCAUCCGGAAGACAACCGUUGGUUACUGACUUACAUUAUGUCAUGCAUACAUACAGUACAUGUAUGUGUGUUCGAUUAUCCGAUUCCCUCGCCUAUCCGGAUAUUUGUGGAAAACGAAUGGGUGUGGUGGUGUGCGAGGUCUGACUGUACGUAUGCACUGACCUCAUGUUGUUGUACUACUACAUGUAGCUGCAGACUCGUGUACUGCAGACUGCAGUGUCAUGUGAUGACACAGUCUGCUCCCGAUGGCUUGCGGAUGUACCCACCAAACUGUGAUCAUGUUGUACUGCAUGUAGCUGCAUACUCGUUGGUGACACCGGUGUCACCCGCUGCACACGCCCGUCCCAUGUCUCUUUAGCACGCGAAGGGUUGCUGUUGCGCACGCGUGUGUGUGUGUGUGUGUGUGCGUGCAUGUGUACCAGAUUCUUGCUGACCUGUACUGACGUGAGCUGAAACCGUAACUGGCUCAGUUUUGUUUCGGGGAUUUCCCCUCCAGUAAUCCUUACCGACUCUGCCUCAACGGGCCAGUAUGCCUUUUUUAUCAUUUUCUUAUUGCUAUAUUCUUAGAAAUGCCCGCUGGUCCGAGCUGCACGUUGCAGCCUGUAUUUUAGGAGUAUCCUGGGAUUUUUGUUUUGUUAUUGCCGCCAUUUUCCGGCGUGGUUGGAUUUGCUGACUUUCUGGACUUGAUUUUCUCCCUGCCUAGCACCAUUCCACCAACAACCUGCUACAAUAGUUCUCUAUGCCUUCUUCUUGAUUUUUACUCAAAGUAAGUUUUUUUUAUUGUUCACUGGUCGAGGGAAUAGGAAAGGUUUAAAAAAACCUUGAAACCGUUGUUAUCAAAACCAUGCAAGUAGCUCAGUUUGAUUAAAAUUUUGAUUUAUUUCUGGAAAUUCUGGUUUAUUCCCAGUCCUCAA